CUGCUGCUGCUGCUCGGGGCCGCGGUGAAUGGGCAGCCCCGUGGACGGAUCCUGGGGGGCUGGGAGGCCAAGCCCCACCUGAAGCCGUACAUGGCCUCGCUGCAGCUGAACGGGGAACAUGUCUGCGGAGGCUUCCUCAUCGCCGAGCAGUGGGUGCUGAGCGCUGCCCACUGCACUGAGGACACGGAUGGGCAGCUCUUCCAGGUGCUGCUGGGUGCCCACUCGCUCACGGAGCCGGAGCCCCACAAACGCCUGUACCACGUGCGCGCCCAGUUCCCCCACCCCGGCAGCAACAUCCACAACAACAAGGACGACCUCCUCCUACUCCAGGUGCUGCAGUUCCAGCACGAGGACAGGGACGUGGAGGCUGGCACGGAGUGCGAGGUGGCAGGAUGGGGCACCAUCAGACACAGCGGCCGACGCCCAGACACGCUGCAGGAGGUGUCACGGCCGGUGAUCAGCCGCGAGGAUUGCAACCUGCGCACAUACCACGACGGCACCAUCACCGAGAACAUGAUGUGCACCGACUCGCGCAAGAGGGACAGCUGCAAGGGGGACUCUGGUGGCCCCUUGGUGUGCCACGGGGUGGCCGAGGGG